AUGUUGCCCGUUCUUGUCUUUGACUUGCCAGACUUUGAGGUUGCAGGGGCACUUGGCCGGUGCAAAGUUUGCAAUGCACAUGGACAAGGGCAGUGGGCGAGGCUUGCCAACCUGCGGGAACAUGAGAAGGGCCAGCCACACCAGCAGAAUCUCGCUCGAAAGCUUCGCAUUGCCAACGAGGUGCCCAGGGUCUCUCACAACACCCUCCUAAAUACCCUCCCAACACGCCCUCCUGAGGUUGUCACCUCCGACAAUUACGACGAGUUCUUUCCGCAACUCGACUGGCUCCCUCUAUCUCUUGGAGAAGACAUAAUUGAAGGUCAGACACGGCCUGGAGAUGUCAAUGAGCGGGAGAGGAAGGUUAGACUAGCCAUGGAGAAUCAUGCCCUCGCCGGGCGAGUGGCCUUCUCAGCGGGGGAGGAGUCUCUACUGGGCGGGGGUGACUCUGAAGUCUCUUUGGAGGAUGUUCUUGCUGGUUCCGGGCUUUUCCGAGCGGCCCUCCACCCUGAAGAUGAAGAUGACGACAUUUUGGAUUCUUCUCAACCCGAAAGUCAGUGGAAUGGCAGCGAUUGGCAUGACAUAGGAGGAGGGUAUAACGACGCCAACGAUCUUUCGCAGCACUUUUUUGGUGCACGGCAAGGCCCUCAGGAGGGCUACUUUCCAUAUCCCAACAAAGCGAUGAUGAAAACCGACAUCUUAUUCAGCUCUCCAGAUCUACGGGUUUCUCGGUCACAGAAGGAAGCAAUCCUAGGUUGGGGCCGAGCCCUCGGAGCGCAAGACGUCCCAUCACUGUACAAGGUGGAGAAGUUUCAGGCAGAGGCGUUAGAGGCAUACGGGAACCCGACCGAGCGGGGUGCAGACGUCUUCGGGCCAUGUAUUCUAUCGUAA